UGCUCUUCAUGUUCUUCUACUGUGUAUGGAUAUUGUAAAAGAAGCCACGCUACGCUCGUUUAUACUCUAUACUCAAUGGGGGUAAUUGCUUAGUGUAUUCGUCUAUUAAGUAGUCACGAAUUUGUUUCCGAACCGAACGCUCCGGUAAGUGAUGUGAGCGUGCGUGGAGUGAAGUAGUGGAGUUAUGAGCUGGAGUGAAUAUUUGUGAUGAAUUAGUGCGCUAUCUAUUCUCAUACAAAACAAAACCCCAUCAUACAAUAGCCCGAAAAAAUCAAGAUACUACCAGCGUCGCCUUCGCGCUCUGUCCCAUGGAGUGUACUAAUCUAAAUUGCAGUUGAUAAUAGAAAUACUCCAAAAAACGAAAAUUUAUCACUAGUACUCGUUACAAUACAAAAGAUAGUAUAGUCACGACUGGGUAGUUAGUGUGUUAGAUGCGAGAUUGUGCAGAUAGCGGACCACGGUAGAUGCAAAUGCUAGAUAUUCUCUAUGUUCGCGAUAACAAAUUUCACGGCAAGCUUCAUUUACAACAAACCUGUGCGACACAUUGCAUCGGCUCGGUUGCAAUCGCGUAGGUCUCUCUAGUACCGCGCUCUAGCGAGACCAACCAAUUCUAAGAUCCGCUCCCGUACAAGAUCGUUCCGUGGCGACCACAAUUCGGGAUCGCGUUUAUGGAUUUCUUUGAGGUCAUUGGCGUGAAAUGAUUGACCAAAAUUCUAUGAAAAUUUGACCAAGUGCGUCCGAAAGUCCGAUAUAGAUACGGCACCCCCGGAACAACAACAAUCCCAGUAACCCGUCUGUUACUAGUUGAAUUAUCUAAACCAGUGAUCCGUUGAAAAGUGUGCUGUGAAGAGUUCAAGUUGGGUUUGAGAUCGAAGUAAUUGAAGAAGUUUCUAAGGAUACAACAGAGUUGUAUAGAAAGCAGACAACAUGUUUGAUGUAUUCGGCUCCGUUAAGGGGCUCCUGAAGAUCGAUCAAGUAUGUAUCGACAACAAUAUCUUUCGGAUGCACUACAAGGCAACCGUUAUCAUACUGGUUGUCUUCUCGCUGCUGGUCACAUCACGGCAAUACAUCGGUGACCCUAUCGAUUGCAUUGUCGACGAAAUCCCACUGGGAGUUAUGGAUACUUACUGCUGGAUCUACUCAACAUUCACCGUGCCCGAUCGGCUGACAGGUACAACCGGACGUGACGUUGUCCAGCCGGGGGUUGGUAGUCACGUGGAGGGCACAGAUGAGGUCAAAUACCACAAAUACUACCAGUGGGUCUGUUUCGUGCUUUUCUUCCAAGCCAUCUUAUUUUAUGUUCCACGCUACCUCUGGAAGUCCUGGGAGGGCGGAAGGAUUAAGAUGCUCGUUUUGGAUCUGAAUUGCCCGAUCAUGAAUGAAGGAUGCAAAAAUGAUCGUAAAAAGAUACUUGUCGACUAUUUUACGGAAAAUAUCAACCGACAUGAUUUCUACGCCUAUCGAUUCUUCAUCUGCGAAGUGCUGAAUUUCAUCAACGUCGUGGGACAAAUCUACUUCAUGGAUUUCUUCCUGGACGGCGAAUUCUCAACGUACGGCAGUGACGUAUUGAAAUUCACCGAGAUGGAACCGGAUGAACGGAUCGAUCCGAUGGCGCGGGUGUUUCCUAAGGUCACCAAAUGUACAUUCCGUAAAUACGGUCCAUCUGGUUCGAUUCAGAAGUUCGAUGGUCUCUGCGUGCUGCCGUUGAAUAUCGUCAACGAGAAAAUCUAUGUGUUUUUAUGGUUCUGGUUCAUCAUCCUUAGUAUCCUGUCUGGAUUAUCGCUUGGAUAUAGAUUUGCUAUUUUCAUGUGGCCUAAACUUCGUAUGUGGCUGUUGCGUGCUCGCUCCCGAAUCUCACAACAAGAAGAUGUGGAAAAUAUCGCGAAUCGAUGCAAAAUCGGUGAUUGGUUUGUAUUAUACCAAUUGGCUAAGAAUAUCGAUCCGCUAAUCUAUAAGGAAGUCAUUAAAGAUCUAGUUGCAAAGUUGGAAGGAAAAGAUAUGGUCUGAUUUUAGGAGGAUAAUAACUUUUUUUUUUAAAUUUUUUUUAUGAGUUUUUUUUAUGAUGUCGAUAUAAACGUAGUAGGUAUCCUAUUAAGCGUAAUAGUGAUAAAACAAAAAGAAAAUUAAGAAAGAACGAAGAGAAGAAAACUGUCUAAUUCCUCUCAUAAUGCAUAUCUUCUUUUCCUUCUUCUUUCUGCGCGAUUUUUCUUUUAGAUUUUAGAUACAAAUGAAAGUAAAGAGAAAGAAACCACUUUUUGCGGUAGAACAAAGUGUAUCUGAUAGACUUAAAAGUGAUGAUGAUAACUUUAAAAUGUCAACUUGUUUUUCCUUCAUAUCGAUAAGGUAUGAUAACGAUGAUAAUUGCACUACUACAACUCGCCUUGUUAGCGUUAACGAAUUUUCGUAUAGUAUUCAUGAACAUUCCAGGAAAUCGGGGUAGCCAUACAUAGACAGCUAAGGGAAAGCGAUGGGGGUUCGAAUUUCUUUCAUGUGCUUCGUCCAGCUUUCCAGAAAUAAUGUUUGCAGAUGUAUAAGUGGUUCUUCUGCUUUGUUGAGUGUGACUCUGAAUGAGAGCUCAUAGGGGUAGUUUCAAAAGACUUGGUGUAUCGUGGAAGCCCUUUUCGAAUGAUAUAUCCUGAGGGACGAUUUACCAUCACAUUCGCCCCUUGUCUGGUUUCGAAUGUUGAAAUAGAAUCGAGGAAUUUUCCUUCUGUACUCAUUCAUCGCUGCAGGAAUCGAAUGAAGGGUUCGAAUUAUAUUCGUAUUUAUCGGUAUAGGAGAGGGCGGGGGACUAGGGAAUACCAUCAAAUAUAGGUGACGCCAAAACGAAGGAACCGGCGGAAAAUUUCAAAUUAAAAAGAAAAAAAAAAUAUGUUUACUUUCAUUUGUAAGACAACGAAAAAAAGCCUAAACCGUGCACAACAAAGACAUCUUUUGGCGACCUGACGAUGUCAACAAGUUUUGCAUUAUUUCUUCGGGAGAUUGGAGGGAAUACUUUUGUUCCCAUUAAGAAAGAGGGAAUUUUCAGUGGCUUCAAAAUUAGACAUUAGCACUUACAUACGCAUGAGAACCUUCUAUAUCCGUUCUGGAAAUUCUUAAAACUUAGGUGGGAUAAGUAGAGUCGUAGGAAGAAAAUGCGAUGCUCGGGGUGAAAAUCGUAUCAUCCCCCCCCCCUCCUAUUUUAAAAAUUGAUUUAAUUUUGUUAAAGUUCACGCUUCUUGAUCCCCAAGAGAACCUCGAACCCCGGGAAUCCAACUUCCCCUAGGCUUGGUUCGGUUGGAAUUGAGAGGUUCUUAAAUCGUCACCCAACGGACCAAGCCAUCGGUGUUUUUUCGGCCUUCGCGUUCUGGUAGGAUCCCUGCCUAGCAUAUCUGAGCGAUUUAACGUCAAUUCAGCUCCGUCUGAGGCUCGCACUUUAAUCUGCAAGUUUGCAAGUGGAUAUCGUAAAAUUGGCCACUCCACCUUUUGUGAUCAUUUUCAAUUCAAAUUAUUUGAAAUUUUUUGAUUUAUGGUGUAAUUGUUACGAUAUCUCGUCAAUGAAUUCAUAAAUGAACUUUGCACAAUUUGACGAGAAUGAAUUCAAAAUACAAUAAAAGAAAAAUUAGGCGUAUAAUCAGUAUGACUGAUAGUAAUAGCCCAAUUUAUGGUUUCGAGAAAGCCAUAUUUCAAAAGUUUGCCAUUACACGAAGGCAUUUAGUGGUUUUAUCAAAUAAAAAGUUAGCAAGUGCUCGAUUGUAAAAACAACAACAGUUGUCAGAUUCCAGGGUCCAAAACUAAACAGUUAAAUGUUUUCUCAGUAUUUGGAUAUGUUCAUCUAGAAAUACCUAAAUUCAAGUCAAAUACACGAGACCCCUCUGUAAAACGAGAAUGAUCCUCACACAUACCCUUUGCCACCAACACUUCCCGAGCCGUUCUCUGUUCAACCCUCAUUCACGAGCCUUGGUCCCCUUCUCUUUCCUGAGCCAUUCGAAUGUCCGAACCCUCACCAGACAAACCAUUUUAGAUCUAUGACCCUGAAAUUCCACGGCCAGACAAAGGGUGUGUUAUUCGACACACAGUUACAUCUGCCUUUUCUCAUUCAUUUUUCAAGCCCUCAUCGCCAUUGCAACGAAAAAAAAAUAAACCGGUCCCAUAAGGGAAUACCCAUCUUUGCGCUACCUGUAUUUUCCGAAUUCUUGACUGACUGCCUUGCAAGGGAACAAAACAAUAUAAAGAUUGAACAAAGUCAAGGAAACGAUCUUUUUCUAUUGAACCGAUCGUUUGAGUAAUACCUGGCUAAAUCUGGGCUUAGAUAUUUUCCUGGAUUUUUUUAAAUGUUUUUAGUUUUCUAAUUGCAUUUAUUUCAUGCCUGGAGGACUCACGUUUUGAAGGACUAUAUUUUCAUUGACCCAUCCAAAAUUCUCUUUCUACUUAGGUUCAAGAACUAUCAGAAACUACUCCAAUUAAAUGACGUAACGAAUUUUUAUACUUGAAAGAAGUGCAAUUAUUUUUUUCUAUACAAUUUUUAAAAACCUUUUUUUACAAAUAUACACAAAAUAAUGAAAACAAGAACCUUAAAAUGCAUUUAAAGCGUAAAAAGACAAUAAAAGACAAUGUGAAAACUUCUAAGACUUAUAAAUUUUCCUUACAACCAUAAUGAGUCAUUAAAUCGCAUACGCACACAACAAACACAUGCAACUAUAAAUUGUAAAAAAUGAUGUUUCAAAACAUGCCUAUUGUAGAUUUAAAACUAAAUAAAAUGCAUUUAUAUAAAUAUUUCGAACAAUUGCUCAAAUUAAAAAUAUAAAAACAAAACUUUUUGAUAAAAUGUUUUAUCUUUCGGAUCUUUAAUAUUUAGAAACGAAUUAUUCAAUCUCAUACAUGUUAUAUUACGGAAUAAAAUUAUAAAAAAUUCGCCAAUUACUGUACAAAGUUAGAAUUUACACUGCAAAAUUAACCUAACACGUACACAAUUCCACAUAAAUUCGAAUAAGGAUAUCAUUUAAAAAAGUAUAUAUAAUUAGAAGGGAACAGGAUCUAAAACAAUUUAAUGACUUAUUACUGUUAAAACGAAUACUAUGCCUUUUUUCCUUAAGAAGAUUUUAUCAAGAUUUUUAUAAAGUUCGCGCACUAUCAGUGUCAAUAAAAAACCACACAUAUUACACACGAAAAAACACAAUAACAUUCUCCGUUGUUUAGCAUGAUGAAUAUAUUUUAUAAUAUAUAUUUAUUGAAUUUUUAUAUCUUUUUAUUGUGCGAUACUUUUCAAAAGGAAUCAUAAGUUGUUUUCAACUUAUUGUUCCACUUUAAAAAAGAUCUAACGAGGAAACAAUCAAAAACAGAAGAGACUACAAGUUGUAUAGCACUAAUACGUGUUCUUUUUAUAGAAUAUAUAUAUAAAUUAUAUAUUUGAAUAGUAGCCAUUCCUUUUAAAUUCGUAUUACCUGUCUUUUCAAUUUGUAUCCGAAUCUAAUUUUGCUAAAUGAAUAAGAAUCAACUCACAAAGUAUGCCAGAUUUGAGAUUUUAACCCCUUCCAGUUGGUAUAGUUGCAGCUAAACAGUGUAGUAUGUCCAAUAAGCAAUAUUUUUCUCAGUUCUAAGACAAAAUAAUAAAAAAAAAAACGAAAGACGAACAGCCUAGCAUAUAUAUAUUACAGUUUAUGAUAAAUAGAAGAAACAACAGAAUGAAGCAAAACAUAUCGUCAAUUAAUAAACUUUCCGUAUUCCAUUUAAUAAUUUUAUAGGUAAAAGUUCAGUUCCACUUUACUGGUAGAUUUUAUAUAUAGUUUUCUGUUUUUAUCAGUUAUAAUUUUCCGCUUUGAGAUUAAUAUCAAUACAAUAUUAACAUUUUUUUUGCAGUAGUAAACCAUUAUGUUGAGAAGAUGCACAGCAUGAUUAUUUUUUUGUCUAGAAAUUCAAUUCAGUAGAUUAAAUUUUCUUUUAAUGCAUAAAUUUUAUAGGAAAUAGCACUAAAUAUAUAUAUAUAUUAUGAUAUGAUAAUUGCCUGCCAUAUAUUAGAGAAGUGAAUUUUUUAUGAAGAAGAUAAAACUUGGAAAAAGUAUUCUACUUUAUUUUUCCUUUUAUUAAUUUAUACGUAGUGAUGAUUUUCAGAGCUAAAAAGUCUUCAAUCGGAAUAUUUAAAUUGAAUUUAGAUAAUUUUUUUUUUUAAUUUCAAAAUUCAAAGUAUAUGAUAUGCAUUAAAACUAUUCAAAAAAAAAAACACAACAACAAUACAUGCAAAUUCAAAAGACAAACCCAAUUCUACACUUUCACGCAAAUUUUCUUUUUGUAGAAAUUUUGAAUUUAUGCAUAAAUGAUCAUCAUUUUUAUUUUAAAAUAAUAAUUUUAUAAUUUUUUUCUUUUCGGAAUUAAAAUUAUUAUUUCUACUUAUUUUUAUAUGAAUUAUAUGAUAAGGCAUGAUGAUAAAUAAUAUUAUUGAUAGAUAGUAAUGAUAAUGAUGACGUUGAUGAUAUUUAUGUAGUAAUGAAUGAAGAUGGAGAAAAAAUAUAAAAAAUGAAACAACUGAAUACAAAAAAGCAAUUAAGAGAAUUAUUUUAUAUAUUGAAAAAUAAAGAAGUAAUUAAGAACGAAAAACUAAA